ACCCUGGAGCUGAAGGGGAGAACUCUUUAUUAUGUAGAAUAGACUGGCUUUGGCAUUUUAAUGGGCCAUUAAGGAAUGUGGGGGCUAUUAAGCAUUAAUCUGUUUCCUGCCUAAAAACACCUUUCUCCAUUUCUGAUCCAGGGAAAUGUAAUAUUCUGCCUUUUCAAUAUUUCUUAGGAUAUUUAAUUUUUCUAGGAGAGGGCUGGGUGCUAACUUCCUACCCAAAUAAAUACAAGAAUUGGUUUAAUGGUCUUCAUUUCUCUACUGUCAUGCAUCAUUAUACCUAUUAUAUGCUUAUAUUUAGUGGCUGUACUUAGUUGGCAUUUAAAAUGCAAGUUAUCACAAAAGAUUUCAUAAGCCAUUUGGGAUAACUGGUUUGGAAAUGCAAUACAUACAUCUUAAAGAUAAAACAUAAACUCAGCAACAUCCUGGGAGGAUCGAAGAAAGCUCUGAGCAUGGAGCAAUAAUUAUGAUUAUUACUUAUGAUUCAGGUUGCAACGAAAAUUAUUUUAGGGUCCUUCUAUGUAAACAGUACCAAGCAUCUAAUAAACCUUAUCUCCCAAGCAAUUUCGCUUUUUAAUUAAAAAGAAGCCUUCGAUAUUUCGAAGUAUUAAAUAUUUAAUAGAGGCAAUGCAUAUUUAAUGCGCAUAAUAUUUUAUGAAAGGCCUUUAAUAACUUCUAUUCAACCUAACCCAUCAUCCUCCAGCCCCGGAACUAGUGAUGCCAGCUCUUCGUUUCCCCAACGGAGUAUUUUAGAACAGGACAAACGACGCGAUAUAAAUAGUCGCUGAUUAAAAGAUGCAAAAAUGGAGCGACGGGCUAGGGCGGGGACGACUGCUGACUGACCGCCAAGCAGGCCAAUAGAAUGCCCCUUCUGCUCCGUUCCGACGUGUGAUGGCCAAUAGUAACGAAGGAGGCGGAACGAGUUGGGAAUCCGGGAAGUGGCGGUGUUUGGGGAGAGUUUGGCGGAGACAGGGAACGACCGCGAAGGGCCAAAAUGUCGGAAAGGAAAGUGUUAAACAAAUACUACCCUCCAGAUUUCGAUCCAUCUAAGAUCCCCAAGCUUAAACUUCCAAAGGACAGGCAAUAUGUGGUCCGGCUUAUGGCUCCCUUUAACAUGCGGUGCAAGACGUGCGGCGAGUACAUUUACAAGGGCAAAAAAUUUAACGCCCGGAAAGAGACGGUGCAGAAUGAAUCUUAUUUGGGACUUCCCAUCUUUCGGUUCUACAUCAAAUGCACACGCUGCCUGGCGGAAAUCACCUUCAAGACAGAUCCCGAAAACACGGAUUAUGCCAUGGAGCACGGAGCCACCCGAAACUUCCAGGCCGAGAAACUGCUGGAGGAAGAAGAAAAACGCUUGCAGAAGGAAAGAGAAGACGAGGAGCUGAAUAAUCCCAUGAAGGUUUUGGAGAACAGAACCAAGGAUUCCAAACUAGAGAUGGAAGUUUUGGAAAACCUGCAGGAGCUGAAAGACCUCAACCAACGCCAGGCCAACGUGGACUUUGAAUCCAUGUUGCAUCAGUACAAAGAGUUUGAGGAACAGCAGAAACAGCGGGAGCUGGAGGAAGACGAGCAGGAAAUGAAAUCCAUGCUGGAGCAAGCCCAAAGCCGGAGACUGCUGGAAGAUUCCGAUUCAGGAGAAGACCUCCCUCCAGCUCGGCCAAAGCCACUGGCAAAAGGGAAGCCCACGGACAUCCUGAAACAGGAUUCAGAGCCACAAGCUAAAAAGCCAAAGCUGGAAAGCUGGGAACGGAGUGUGGGAAAACUCUCAGUGAAGACACAACUGUCGGGAUUGGUGACCGCCAAGAAGAAGCCCAUUUCCAGGCCGGCCAAUGGACCGGGAAGACAAGAGGCAGCAUCAAAACCAGGGGGCGGAGAGCAGCACAGUCUGGGUGCUUCUACAGCGACCAUGCACAGCUCAAACACGGGGGUCUUCUCCCUCGGCCUCCUGGGGGCUUACUCCGACAGCGAUGACAGUAAAAGUGAUUGAAUUAUUGAAUGGAAAAAGAGACCUGUAAGGUUGCAAGAAGACCUUCUCCAUCCCCCCCCCCCAACACUUCUGAGGAGAGAAACUUUUUUAUUCCGUGGAAAUACCAGCUGAAAUCUGAAAAUGUCCUACUGGAUAAGACCGCCACCCAUCACUUUUCCCGCCAGGCACGAAGAGCAAGGAACAUUAUUUUGUUUUUUCCCCAAGGUGAAAUUGGCUGAGAGUGUGGUGUCCUUUCUCAAGUAUUUCUUGGUGCAUGCCCUUUCUCAAGUAUUUUUUGGCGGCCCGGCUGGGAUGGACAGAGAAAAAACGGGGCCAGAUGAGUGGCGGGCCAGCGUGCAUGCGCGCACGGGCUGCUCAACUCGCUUGGUUAGUGGAUUUGUGCACAAACACACCCGCACGCAGUUCAACUGCAAAUUGAGCUGCGCGGGCAUGCCUGUGCAUCCAGCCUGCCACUCCCAUGGCCCAGUUCCAAAUAGGCCAUGGCCCAGUAAUGGGGCUGCAUCCCAGGGUGUUGGGGACCCCUGGCUUAAUGACCUCUUGAAGGACUACAGGACCAAACCAUCUGAUGGUCUCAGCUGAAUAAAAAGAACAUCAAACCUUCUCACCCCCAUCUCUUCCUGGUGUCUAACUCAAUAUUCCUCAACCCCAGCAACUUUUAAGAUGUGCCAACUUCAACUCCCAGAAUUCGUCUUAAAAUUGCCGAGAUGGAGAAUUUCUACUUUAACGGACCUGAAAUGGAAGAGACCAUAAUUUACCCUGGCAUCUUAGUCAGAAGAAGACGAUCCUGUCCAGACUAGUGGACAUCCAGGGUGAAUCCCCACAUUGUUACUAUUUCCCAAAUCCGCCUUUUCCUCAUGGCAGCCCGUAAAAAGAAAUAAAUUUCAACUUUGCUAGAAAUGUUACCUGUGACGGCAGCCUCAUGGAUUUAAUCCCCUCUGUUCUCAAGCGAGAUCGGUGCGCAGGUAAGUCCUCAACUUACCACCAUUCGUUUAGAGACCCAUUCGAAGUUACAACGGCACUGAGAGAAGUGACUGAGGACUGUUGAAAUGUAUUUCAACGGAAGUAGCUCAGGUUGGUAGUUGGCCUUGUUGGUCUGAGCUUGGCAAUUUGAUGGCGAACGUUUUGUCACCCUUCGAGGAGACAUCGUCCGUGUGCUUUGAAUUGGGCUCGUCUAUCAGAGCGCUGGCCUUUCAAUGCCUUUGUUUUAAUGUGAUGCAAAUUAGUCUGGGUGUUGUUUGUCUGACAAGUCAGACCAUGACUCAGAAGUAGCCGAACCUGUUACUCACCUUAGGAUCGCCGCAGCCAGUCCUCCCACACCCUGACAGCCGUCGUGCCACUGCCUGACUUCUGUGGCCACUCGCGGCCAAACUCCACAUGGUUCAUUACGUCUAUGCCACGCUCACAGCAGGAGGGACGCAUGGCUUGUGCUGUUCAACAAGCGAGCAGCGGCACUAGUGUGCCGUGCCACACAGUGUCCUGCCGUGAGCAGCGGCACCGGCGUGACAAAGUCUUGCGGUGUCCUGCCACGAGGGGUGGCACCAGCAUGAUGCACCACCUGAUGUCCAGCUGCAAGCAGCUACAGAAGGAGACUGGUGUAACAGGUGUCGGGGCAUGGAAAGUCCGGCUGCAGAGGUCUUAAGGUAGGUGGAUUCAGGGCCCGUGGGACAGCUCCAUCCCCCCACCCCACCCUAGCUUGAUUUUUUAUGCCUUGUAUCGCCAGAUAGUGGGUGGAGCUUAACUAGGGCUUAUUUUGGGAGCAGGGCUUAUAUUAAGCAUGGGUGUGAAUACUGGACUAGGCCUUGUUUUCGGAGUAGGCCGUAUUUUCAU